AUGGGGGAUCCAAACAUCCCUCGAGCUCUCCGGAGCAACACCACUCUGCCGAACGCUACCUCAUCUCCGUAUAGAACUUUCUCCGAGAUCAGAACUGCGAUUUUAGCCUCGACCGAUAACGCGGAACUCACGUUCAGUAAUAUUCCUCCAAGUAUCGGGCCCUCCGUUUUCGACGCGCUUUCAGAAGAUCAUAGUAUUGAAAACCUUACACCACGCAUGAAUUAUAACUCCCUCACGCACACAUUCACAGCUCGAGUAAUACCAACUCGGAUUCAUGAUGUCCCCCAGAUGUGGCUAUCAUUGGAGAUGAGGAUAAUGCAGGUUUCAGGCUUCUUGUCUCAGGAAGAAGGCCAGCAUUUAUUGACUGUGGUUGGAACAACGUUCGAGGGCUUUGCAUACCCCUAUGUGGGUUCCAGGAAGGAGCCCGAUUGGGCCAUUCUCCCGAAUUCAGAUACACUUCCUUCUGUAGCGGCGGAGUCGGGAUGGUCUGAAAAUUGGCCAGCCUUGAUUGGUGAUAUGGAGUUGUUGCUUGUGGGAGGGCGGCCGAAUGUCCAACUGGUUUUACUGUUCAAAUGGUCCAAACGAGCCCACAAUCGUGUGGCAGGGGAGUUACGCGUCUACGAGCGGACUCCAGCGGGCAAUACAAGCGAACGGCUUCGUUCGAGUAUUUUUCCUAUCCCCGGAGGGGGCCUUGCCGGCAUUCGAGUGACCCGUGGGGAGCUCUUUGGUGUAUCUGGUGUUUUCCCGGGGCGGAACGCGGCGGACUUUUGGGAGCUUUCGUUGGUAAGGCUGCGAGAGAUUGCGGAGCGGAUGAUACGGGCCAGAGGAUGUGUACCAGCAUGA